UCUUUAACACAAAAUUAGAAAUUAGCCUCAUUAACAGUUUGAGUAGCAGUGCUGCUUGUGGUGACAGUACAGUUGUGAGAAAGAAGAAUCUUCCUUUGUUUUAUGAAACUAAGUACAAUUUUCUACCAUGAGAUUUAUAAAAUCUAUGAGCAUGCCGGAGCGAACGGCAAUGAAACUGAACACACCCAUGGUUUUAUUGACAGAGAUGACAACAACCAUUGAGCAGAGUAUAUGCCAAGCCCGAGCUGCUGUAAUGGUCUAUGAUGAUGCCAACAAGAAGUGGGUGCCUGCUGGUGGCUCCACUGGGUUUAGCAGAGUUCAUAUAUAUCACCAUACUGGCAACAACACCUUUAGAGUUGUGGGGAGAAAGAUCCAGGACCACCAGGUGGUGAUAAACUGUGCCAUUCCCAAGGGACUAAAAUACAAUCAGGCUACACAGACCUUUCACCAGUGGCGGGAUGCCAGACAAGUAUAUGGACUUAAUUUUGGCAGUAAGGAAGAUGCGAACGUGUUUGCAAGUGCCAUGAUGCAUGCCUUAGAAGUUCUAAAUGCACAGGAUACAGGUCCAACGUUACCACGUCAGAAUUCUCAGCUUCCCCCUCAGGUACAGAAUGGUCCAACCCCGGAAGAGCUGGAAAUACAAAGGAGAUUACUACAGGAGCAGCAGCGACAAAAGGAGUUGGAACGAGAGAGACUGGAACGUGAGAGAAUAGAACGUGAAAGACUCGAACGGGAGCGUCAAGAAAGAGAGCGACUCGAAAGGGAACGAUUAGAACAGGAGCAGCUAGAGAGAGAAAUACAGGAGCGUGAAAGAUUAGAACGAGAGAGACAAGAGCGAGAACGACAAGAACGGGAGCAGCAGGAGUGGGAACUACAAGAAAGAGAACGAUUAGAACGCGAGAGACAGGAAUUACUGGAAUGUGAAAGGCAGGAGAGAGAGAGACUUGAAAGAGAGAGAAUAGAAAGAGAACAGCAAGAACAGCUAGAAAGAGAACAGCUGGAGUGGGAACGGGAGCUAAGACUAGCAAAUGCUGCUUCAUCUUUUGACAGCUCUGUGUACAGCACUCAACCUCCUGAGUACUCCAGUUGCCAGCCUCCUUCAGCACCUCCUCCAUCGUAUGCUAAAGCCAUUUCAAGUCCGAUUUCAUCCUUCACUGCUGAAUCUUCUGCUGAUCCUUCAUCAUCAGGCUCUUCUGCUGCUACUGGUUCUGCCCCACCCACACCACCAUUGAGACACUCAGCAUCACGUUUUGCCACAUCCUUGGGCUCAGCCUUCCACCCUGUCCUGCCACAUUAUGCUACUGUGCCUCGUCCUUCUAAAGGCUCUGGCCCACCUUCCCCUGUGACUGCGCCUCAAUCAUUGCCUCCAGUUGCAAAAAAUGUUGUUUGGUCUACACAAAACUUUGCUCCUUUGCCACCCUCUCCUCCUGUAAUGAUAAGCAGUCCUCCAGCCAAGGCUACAGGCCCCCGGCCUGUACUUCCAAUCUCUGCUGUUAGUCCACUGUCUCAUGUACCAUCAUCACCAACAGCACCAGAUGGACCUUCUGAAUUUCCAGCUCAGCCAGUUCUUUCUCCAUCUACUCCAGCGCCACCACCAUUACCUCCUCCACUUCCACCACUCUCCUUCUCUAGCUGUCAAGCUACUCCUCCUCCUCCAAGCACUCCUACUACUUCUACUCCAUCAUGCCUACCUCCUGUUCUUCCUUCUCCGUCUGCAGCUCCCUCUGCUGAAAGCUGUCUAAACUUUGUGCUCGGGGAUUCCUCUGCUCCUGAUUCAGCCUCACAUGCAGCAGCUUCUCAGCUGACUGAACCUCCGUCCCAGCAGGCAGCUGUUGCUCAAGGACCCCCUGCUCCUCCACCCCCACCCCCACCCCCUCUGCCACCAGGUCCAGCUCCACUUUCAGCAACUGGGCCACCACCUUCACCUUGCCCUCCUCCCCCACCACCACUCCCUCAGUCAGGACCGCCACCUCCACCGUGCCCACCACCACCUCCACCUGGACAAGCCCCUCCUCCUGCACCUCCUCCACCACCUGCUCCUCCUCUUCCUGCUGCUGGUUUUACUUCAUGCUCUGAUGAGAACCGCCCGUUGACUGGGUUAGCAGCUGCACUAGCAUCAGCCAAACUUCGAAAAGUACAAAGGCCUGAAGAACCUUCUAGUCCGUCUGCUCCAUCCAAAUCAGAAAGCAGCCGUGGUAAUGGACCUCUUUCCAUGGGUGGGAGUGGUUUAAUGGAAGAAAUGAGUGCCCUGCUGGCCAGGAGGCGAAGAAUUGCUGAGAAAGGAUCUGCAGUAGACUUAGAACAAAAAGAAGAAAAAAAUGUCAGUGCGGAAGAGCUUGAGUCACCAGUUCCAAAGACAUCAGCAGCAAGUACACCUGAACCAACCAGAAAGCCUUGGGAUAGAACAAAUGCUAUGAAUGGUAGCAAAUCACCUGUUAUAUCCAGACGAGACUCUCCACGGAGAACUCAAUCGGUUUCUGAAAGCAGGUUUUUUGACUCAUUGAACAGACCGAAAUCAACGCCAGCUGGAACGCCAAGUGCCAAUGGUGUCCAAACAGAAGCUUUAGACUACGAGAGAUUGAAACAGGACAUUUUAGAUGAAAUGAGAAAGGAACUAACAAAACUGAAAGAGGAACUUAUUGAUGCAAUCAGGCAGGAACUGAGCAAGUCCAAUAACGCAUAGAAGGCUAAUCUUGAAUUAAAAUAAAUUUGCCCCAUGUGACCAGAACUGUCUACAUUAUUGUAUGCUGUUAGACGAAAACAGAGACUGAUAUUCUGAAAGACAAGGGAGAUGGUGUAAACCCUGCAUUUUGGAGAGAACUCACUGUCACAGCGUUGAUGUGCUGGUCCUUCAUCACAGCUUGCUGCCUUUUUUUCCUGACCAUCAGUAAUGGGAAGGAAGUGUCUUAAGAGUCCUGUUAAAAAUUGCAGUUCAUUUUGUUUUAAACAUCAGUCACUGUAGAGCUUUGGAAUGUUUUCAUGUUGGGGAACUGCAUUGCACAUGUCUUGAAACCUGUGUUCCAGUGUUUUAAGUCGUGGUAAAGGUGGCAUUGCAAUGGAGAAAUGCAUUUUGUACACUGAGAAGGACUUGGCUUUUCACAUUCACACAGGCUAUUACCUGUAUCCCUCAGGUCUGUCUUCCUGAAGUAUGACAUUUUUUUUAUGUGUAAUUUAAGUAUUUUGGGCCAUAUUUGUGAGGCCUGUGCAUUAGAGAAAAAUCACAGGCAGUUUUUGGACAAAGUAUAUUUUAGAAGGUAUUGUCUGUUCUUCAGAAGCAUCUGGUACUCAUUUUAGUUCUUAAAGUUGAAAGUUCCCACUCUGCUCUCUUUCUGUUGCCUUCAUAUUUUGUUUUAUUCCACAGUAAGAAGCAAGUGUAGUCCAGGUAAUUUUGUUAGUUAACCUUGCAUUUUGAAAUCUUUUAUUAAAUCUCAAUAGUAUUAUGUGGAUUGGAAAUUUAUAGCAAAUCUCAGCAUUGAUAAUUUAGAGAUGCAGGCCUUUUCCCCAAAACGAUUAAUGUUGAUUGUGUACUACAGAAUCAUCUUUUUUUUUCCUUUUUUUAAAAUUCUGUUUUCCGUUUUUAGAAAAGAUAUGUAAUAUUACCAUACCACUGUCUUUUGUUUGUUUAAAGGCUGUUUAAGUAAAUUUUCAGGACUGUGAUUAAAGUUGAUUAUAAUGUAUACCUUUUAUUUUAAAAUGAAUUCUGAAUGUUAUAAGCACUAUGUUUUUCUUAUCCAUAUAUGCAUGUUUAGUAAUAGAAAGUAUUGUGGACUUUUUCUCAGCAGUAAUUCAUGAAAACAAAGCAGGUAAACAGUCAUGUUCAGUGCAGUUCCUUUGCAUUCAUACUGUACAGUUUAAUGUGCUUAUAAUUUUCUGAGUUGUAUGUUUUGUUUGUCUCCAUACCUCAUACAAAGGAUUUGGCAUACUAAAUAUGGCAGUCCUGUGAUUUAAGCUUAUUUUAAGGACUAAAAUUCAUCACAGUAUUUGGUUUUUACUAGGAAUUUGAAGCUAGUUAAAUCAUAUUUUCAUUCACUAGCCUGACUGGUGAGUUUUGGAAGCCGUUACACUGUUGCUUAUAUAUUUUUUUGGUAGUGCCUAUGGAGUACAAUCAGUUUUGCACACAAGUGUAAUAAGUUAGAGUCAGAACAGUGCCAUAUUUGGUUUGUACUUUGUGGUGGUCUGGAGAUUGUUACAGUACAUGCAGCUAAGAACACGCAUGUAUAGCCAGAUGCCUCAACUAUUUUUUUUUCUUCUAGUCAUCGAAAGGGUUUAAAAACAGUGGGAUACUAUGCACGAUAUGAGCACAAGGGCACAUAUUUACAUGUAUGUUGUGAUUUUAAAACUUUGUAUGUCAUUAACGCCUCUUCCUCAUAUUUGCAGCUCAUAAAGCUUUUUUUUUUUCAUUUAGGCCUUAGACCCUCACAUUUUCAAAUGUCCAAAACUAAAUGAAGUAAAUAUGUUGGUGGCAGCUAAUGAUUUAAAUGAUAAUGAAGUUUAAUCUGCAGUGGAUUUGGUUUCUAUUUCUACUGAGAAUUCCUCGUUUGUGUAGUAACAGAGAUGGGCAGCUCAUUUCAGUUCAGUAUUUUUAUUUUUUUUUUAAUUUCUGGACAUUUUCUGUAUAAACACAAAAUGCUGUUGCUGUCAUAAAACCAAAAUGCACAGUUGUAACUGUUCAGAUCUUGCACAGGCUGCUGUUUUGGUGAAGCCUGAAAGUAAUUUCUUCCUUAGAAGAAACAGUAUUUUUGUGUUUAUAGAGUCAGAGAAAGUUACAGAUGUGUGUGGUCCCUUACCAAAGAUAGCAGCAUAAUCCUUAACUAAGCAUGGUUAUGCUACAGACAUGCACAGGUAAUGCAGGGAAAAUAAUACCUGUGGAAUAAGGUGGAAAUUUGUUUCUUUGAAUGAGUUAGUGGACUGUACAGCAUCAGUUUUGUGCCUUGAUUUUAAGAUGAAUAAAGAGGGCUGUGGUUGUUUAGUGCAGUGACUGCUAAGCAUUUUCAAACUCUAGUGUAAACUCAGUGUUGAGCUGCAUGAAUCCUAUUCAAUGGGGUAUGAAGCAAACAUGUAACGGGACAGUUAACAGAAUCACUUGAAAUCGAAGUGCGAUUUGCAUAUACACAUUCAGGUGAAGUCUGAUUAGUAUAAUAAUUCACCCAAAGCAUGCCAUGUAGGAGAGAGGAAGUAUUUUUAUUUUGCCCCCCAAAAAAAACACAUUUUCUUUUCAUCAAAGUGGUCCAGCACUGUUUAAGUACAAACAUGAAGGGCUUGACCCUCUCCGGGUAAAAGUAGUUUCUGGCAGUGUUUUUUAGUGAGUUAUUAUACUGACAGUUUCUGGCUAACCAUGUUUAUUAAACUGUGGUUUGGUACACUGUCCAUAUUUCAGCUGAACACUAAUUUGUAAUUUAAAGAAUGCUGUUAGAAUGUCUAAAUUCCCUACUUCUAGUUAUUUAGCUUCUGGAGUAUUGUAGGGUUCUGUUAUAAGAACAGCUGGGGAUCACCGAUCAUGUUCUUGAUCGACUGUGUUGUAAAAUCUGUAUAAUAAACAAAACCUUAGGUGUUAGAGGGCUUGGAUGAGUAGUUCUUUAACAUGAAAAAGAAAUUGCACUCGUAUGCUGCCUUGAAUUCCACUUUGAAAAAUACUGCUUGUCAGCACUUGCAACCUGAGCUGUAAUGAAACACCAGAGAAGUGGAAAGAAUUAUCAUUACAGUUAAAAUGAAUGUAAAUUUAUUGAGUGCUGGUGCUGAAAUCUUUUCAGUCAUUAUGAGGUUUAAAAUGUUCAUUAGGCCUUUCAGAGUGGCAAGGCCAGAUCCAGGUGAUUUGAAGAUAACUUUAGUUGAAUGUGGAAUUUUCUCACUUUUGACUUUGUGAUUUUUAAAAUUUCCCCCAUUCACUUUUUCUUAUAUUUGUACCAUAUUCUGUUUCAUUUUAAAUUUCUUACAUGCUAACAUUUGUUUUGUUUGAGCGAAUGAAAUAAAAUUUCAGUUCAUAUGUGUGUGAGUAGGCAUGCUCUUUGUGUCUUGAAUACCAGUUUGCAAGGCCGUACACUAGCCAAAACAUGUUGGGUGCAUUCAGACAUUAUAAAACAGCGUACCAUCGCUAGGGUGUCUAUUUGUUUUGAAGAAGUACCAAAAAAAUAAGGUGCUUGUAAAGCAAGUGACUUACCCCGAACAGAGCUUAACACCAGCACAAAUGGUAAUUUUCUUCAGUGGCAUUACUCUGUCAUUCUUUCAUUUUGUCAGUGUUGGAAUUUUGUAUAUUGGUUUAUUACAUUUUGUGGAGGAGUUAAAAAUUAAACUUCACAGGAGAUGAAGCCGUUAUAGCACCAAAAGUCCCACAGAUCUGUCAGGGAGAAGCUAGGUUUGCUGAGAGUAUAACAUUUUUAAUCUUGCUACAUAUAAUUCACAGCACCAUAAAACUUGUAAUGGUUUUAUCAGCUUCACAGGCGCUUUGUCUAUUAAAACACCCUUGUUAUGUCA